AUGAAAGAGAAAGAACCCACUUCCCUCAAGGCCAUAUCCCAGGCCACCUGCCCUUACCCCUCCACCCCCUGCACAUCAUCUCAACCAUCCAGGUCCAGGCCAAAGUUCUUUCCCCCCGACGUCCUGCCAGAAGAAGAUCUAGAACGUGCUAUGGACCUUAUCCCUUACAUACCUGACCCCCCCUCUCCACCAUCCCCCCGAGCCCAUGCUCCCCCCCUGAUACACCGACCCCCUCAGUUCAGCGUUAAAAUAUCCAAUCCGUGCAACAACGAACCAAUGUCCAAUGGUCUCGCAAACUCCAUACACGCCCCCAGCAAUCCCGCAGUAGACCAUACCAUGAAUGACUCCACCAGCCCAACCACAGACCACAUCCUGACCCCCGAGGAGCAAUCUAUCUUGGCACACCUAGCAUUAGCAGAUAUGAACAGGUCUGUGCUAAGUCAAAACAGCAUGAACCACGCCAUCUCCCUCCCUCAGUUCACCCAAGCCCCAACUGGAGGAUUCCUUAAAGUGUACAUGUCGCAUUCCAUGCAAGUCUUCGACCACUUAGAGAAUAAAGUCCUACUCGCCUGGUUUCAAGUUGAACAUCCGAAGUUUAUGGUCAGGGUUUUUGAUCACUCAGGAAAAGAUGUAGUUGAGAGGGCCGCCAUAAUCGCGGAGCGCAUUCGCGCCAAUAUCACAACAAUCGCAGAGUCCCUCAACAAAGACCCCCACACCAUCCGCGUCUCUCCCCCACAACCCCAGGGGGGAAAAGGAGCCAAGAACCUUCCAAACGGGUUCCUAGUUCAUAAUGUCUCCAAUGAGACCAAGGACUUUAUCCUGAGACAACGUAUAUGGUCUACAAUGGACAUCACGUUCGAAGCCCUACCUGUUACGUCGACUGUAGGUCGGCGUAGUGGGAACUAG